CACUCGGCUGGUCCAAGCCGGCACCUACACUACCAGCAUUCGAUGCGCUAUUGAGUAGUAAGGUUUCCGGUCACCCGUCCAUCUGUCUGGUGAUUCGGGGAAAGCAUGCCUGGCAGCGGUGGAGGCGGCAGUAUCAGAGCAAUCGACGCGCACACUGUUCAUCGCAUCACGUCUGGUCAAGUUGUUAUAGAUUUACAGUCAGCGGUCAAAGAACUGGUCGAAAAUUCGCUAGACGCUGGGGCGACUGCCAUCGAGGUUCGCUUUCAAAACUACGGACUCAAGUCCAUCGAGGUCGUCGACAACGGAGUUGGCAUCGCACCACGAGACUACGAAGGAAUCGCACUCAAACACUACACGUCGAAACUAUCGUCUUUUGAAGAUGUCUCUCGCAUUCACACUUUUGGCUUUCGCGGGGAGGCCCUUUCCUCCCUUUGCGCCCUAAGCGAUGGUCUCACCAUCGCGACAGCGACGGCCUCAGAAGCUCCGAUGGGUACAGUCCUCGAAGUAGAUGGAAACGGGAGGCUUAAGAGUAAGAAAGUUAAGGUUGCCCGACAGCGAGGUAUGACAGUCACAGUCGCCAAUCUAUUCAGGCCCCUUCCUGUGCGCCGAAAGGAACUCGAGAGAAACAUCAAACGCGAGUUUCAGAAAGCUUUGAGCAUAUUGCACGCGUAUGCGCUCGUCCCCUGUUCAAAAGAGAAUAAGGGUGUCCGCCUCACAGUGACUAAUCAAAUGGAGAAUGGCCGCAAAGUCGUACAACUUAAGACGGACGGGACUCCCUCUCUACGUGCAUCCGUCACUGCACUCUGGGGAACCAGGGCGUUGGACAACGUCACCGACCUUGAUCUCUCUUUCCACGUGGAAACAGAGAAGAGUGUUCUUAGGAGGCAGAAGCAAGCAAGCAAUGAUUCAGAAACUUCCCCUAUCACACCAGUUCGUGUACAAGGCCUCAUGUCUAAGUUCACGCUUGGUGCUGGGCGAACCACGAACGAUCGUCAAUACUUUUUUAUCAACGGGCGGCCAUACAAUGCAGGAAAGGUUCAAAAAGCCUUCAACGAGGUAUACCGCACUUUCAAUAUCAGCCAGGCCCCAUUCGUCAUCGCAGACUUCGUCCUCCCUACACAUGCUUGCGAUAUCAACGUAAGCCCAGACAAACGGACCAUCUUCUUGCACAGCGAAAAUAACUUUGUACUGGCUCUCAAGGAAUCCCUCGAGAAAGUGUUUUCGUCUGCGCGUUCGACCUACGAGGUUAAUGUCACCUGCGAGCAGUCGACGUCGGAUAAAACCCGAACAAAACUCCAAGGACACCCUCUCGCUCCAUCACCUUCAUCCGCACCCUCACCCGGCGGGUCGCAAAGUGGCCAUCGGACGCUGACAACUGGGGACUCGGGAUCAGUAGUAGAACCGUUGACAUCUGGCGGACCGCACAAUUCUCCAGAGCCAUCAGAUGGGAAUGACGAUCGAGACGGAUGCCGGCCUCCGUCACCUACACUCGUCGCGCCUGCGCACGCCCUUCCAAAUGCUGGCCUUCCCCGAAUGGGUAAGGAACUGGAAUCUGAGGCUGCUACGGACACAAGCACGAGAAAAAAGCCGACGUUCCCUCCAGGAUACGUGAGUGACGACAUGGAUAUAGCGGAUGAGGAGCUUGGUGUAGAAAAUGGCAUGGGAAGGAAAGGUGUAGAUCAGGGACGGAAAGGUCCCCCAUCGGCGCCAAGGCCUAGAGCACCUUUUUCGACUAGCGAAGUGCGAGGAUUGCCCGUAUCGAUGUCAGGAUCGGAAGUCGCACCAGUAUAUCCGGAUACCGACCGUGCGAAGCCACGAUCAGCACAGACCGUACUGAACACGAGUGGGGCAGUGUGGAAUUUGAAAAGGGUUUGGGGGGAAAACACGAGUGACGGUGGUGGGUGGGAUGGACGGCUUGCGAAGCGGGCGAAGGUGACCGAUACUGGGCCUGGACGAGGGGAUCUUUCGAGGUUUGUCGCUGAGGGCACUCGGCGAGGGAUAGGGAAGGGUGGCGACGAUGGUUCCGCUAAUGAUUCGAUGGAGGUCGACGAGGACGAGAAUACCGUUCUCAGAGGGAUGUCGUCGCGACUAUUGCUUGCCUGUCCAAAGAAAAAAUCUCCAAGGGAACCGAGCUUGGAAUUGGAUGACAGACCUUCGUCCCAGGACACACUUUGCGUCGCUUCCGAGGACGAGGGUGUGCCUGGAAUAGAGGUGGAUGUAGAACGUGCUCAGGUGGCUUCAAAGCCAAGACCUUCGUCCUCACGUGCGCAUUCUCUCGGCUCCAGUUUGAACCAACGGCGGUCCAGAAAUUUACCAACUGUGCGGGAGGACCCUAGCGUCACAGACCUCACACCAGAAGGUCGGGACGUCAGCCCGACACUCGUAGAGAGUCACGUUCCUGAUGAUGCGAGGGUGGUUUCAAGGUCUGGACCGUGCAAAACGCCGCAAUCCUAUGACGACGUCAUACUUCGUGUCGAUUUAGAUACAUUGCGAGUCCGUUACAAGGAUUUGGGCGCCCGAAGUCAUUUAACCUCGUCAUUGGUUAAAAUACGGUCGCAGAAUGGAGCCGCGCAGAGAAACGACGUAGCUAUCGAAAACGCCAACCUCGUGAGCGCUCCUUCAGACGAAAUCGCCUCUGCUGCCCUCUCUCGGAUUAUUUCCAAGGGAGACUUCAUGCAUAUGGACGUGGUGGGACAAUUUAAUCUUGGCUUUAUUAUCGUUCGAAAACGCACACCAGAGGUGGAUACGGAUAAGGCAGUGGCCGAGAUAAGCGUGGAGGAUGACCUGUUCGUGGUAGAUCAACAUGCCGCAGAUGAAAAAUGGAACUUUGAAACUUUGCAAGAGACAACAGCUAUCGAGUCCCAGCGGCUGUUCAGGCCUCGACCGUUGAAUCUUACAGCAGCGGAUGAGCUGGUUGCACUCGAGAAUAUGGAUGUCCUGAAACGCAACGGUUUUGAGGUCGGCCCGGUCGAGGUGUCGGCUGGCGUAGAUCACCAAGCUGGCGCUGCUGACAUUGAAUGUGAUGAGGAAGAAAGCUCGCCAAACGCUCGAUUGCACCUCAUGGCACAACCUAUUUCCAAGGAUACGGUGUUCGACAUGAAAGAUCUGGAAGAGCUCAUCCACCUCAUGCAAGACCGUCCAAGGGGUACGAUGGUACGAUGUUCGAAAGCGCGCGCUAUGUUUGCGAUGCGUGCCUGUCGACGGAGCGUCAUGAUAGGGCGACCGCUAGACAAGUUGCGUAUGACUACUAUCGUACGACACAUGGCAUCUAUGGACCAGCCUUGGAAUUGUCCUCAUGGAAGGCCCACGAUGCGGCACCUAUCAGACCUAACUUCCUUUGGAGGUUACGAUCCACCCUCGCGUACAGUUAACUGGCAAGAGUUCGGAGCAGAGUGAGGGGUUGAAUGAUGGCGAAUGAAGAGGAUAUAGUGUGGCCACGACACACGAGACAUGUGUCUUGGUUUACCAUCUGUGUGCGACACAGGACUUACCCCAGUUGACAGGAGUACAUUUAGAGCUUUGCGAAAUCUAACUCUGUAAUGAGCCAUCGCUUACAUUAUCUGACAUUCGUAGAUCCGCGAGAUGUCAACGUUUCAACCCUUGUUAUUUGUAAACGCGAACAAAGUCACCUAGCUUUAGGACGUCAGCAGCAUCCUACCGGUCCUAACCAUUCCAUCGUGAGCUAUGGUGACAUCCUCUCGCCU